AUGGAAAAGAAACCUUUGCUGGACUCGCUCUUACAAGGUGCUGCAGGACCAUGGGGAAUGAUAUGUGCUGGAAAUCCUUCAAACAAAAUAAGGGGCUGUGACAGAUUUGGCUGUGGAUAUUACGGAACUUCAUUAAUUGGCAGAAAGCACCGAGGGGUGGACGUAAUAUGCAAAGACGGAUCAACAGUGUAUGCUCCUUUUAGUGGCACUAUUGAGAGACGAGUAAACCCCUAUAGAAGGAAUAAUGCCAUUAAUAAUGGCAUCCAACUUCGUGGAUCAGGUUUCUGCAUACAUAUGUUCUACAUCAGGCCGGUUACAUACAGAGGUCAGAUCAAGAAGGGGCAAAAAAUUGGAGUAAUGCUGCAAAUGCAAAGCAUAUAUCCUGGUAUAACAUCUCAUGUUCACGUCCAGAACUGUGACCGCUCAAAUCCCACUCGGACUCUUGGUGUGAACUCUUUAAGAAGAGAAGUGCUUUCUCUUUUUGCAUUUCUAAAUGAGUCCAGGUGCAAAAUGCUCACACUCAAACUGAUUGUUUUUGCUGGUUUGGUUUCCAUUGUUGCUGCAGGACGAUGGGCACAAAUCUGUGAUGGGAAUACUUGGAACAGCAUAAGGGGCUGUGAUAAGUAUGGCUGUGGAUAUUAUGGAGCCCCAAGAAAUGGCGGAAAGCACCUAGCAGUGGACGUUAUAUGCCAGGACGGAUCAGGAGUGUAUGCUCCUUUUAGUGGCCUGAUUGUGAGACGCAUUAAACCCUUUGGAAAUAAUAAUGCCAUUGAUGAUGGAAUCUUACUCCGUGAAGUAAAAUCAGGUUCUUGCAUAAAACUGGCCUUUAUCAGGCCUUUGAGAAGCAGAGGCUGGAUCAGGAAGGGAUCUAAAAUUGGAAUAAUGAUGCCAAUGCAGAGCGUGUAUCCUGGUACGAUAUCUCAUGUUCGCAUCCAGAACUGUGACUACUCAAAUCCUACUGGCAACUUAUAAAUGGAAACUUACAUGAAAUGGAAGUGUACAAAACCGCAAAUAAAAUCUGA